GUGUGUGUGUUUGGUUUUAACAUGUGUGUGUCCAGGUUCGGCGUCGGUGUCGGGCCUGAAGCCCUACGUGGAGUCGGUUUGGUCUCUGCUGCUCAAACACUGCGAGUGUCAGGAGGAGGGGACCAGGAACGUCGUGGCUGAAUGUCUGGGCAAACUGACGCUGAUCGACUCGGAAACCCUGCUGCCCCGCCUCAAGGGAUACCUGCUGUCAGGCUCAUCGUAUGCCAGGAGCUCCGUGGUAACAGCGGUAAAGUUCACCAUCUCUGAUCAGCCGCAGCCGAUCGACCCGCUGCUCAAGAACUGCAUAGGUGAUUUCCUGAAGACGCUGGAAGACCCGGACCUGAACGUGCGCCGCGUUGCCUUGGUAACCUUUAACUCCGCUGCCCACAACAAACCCAGCCUGAUCCGAGAACUGCUGGAUUCAGUUUUACCGCAUCUUUACAACGAGACCAAAGUGAGGAAGGAGCUGAUCCGAGAGGUGGAGAUGGGUCCCUUCAAACACACGGUGGACGACGGGCUGGACCUGAGGAAGGCUGCGUUCGAGUGCAUGUACACUCUGCUGGACAGCUGCUUGGACCGGCUGGACAUCUUCACCUUCCUGAACCACGUAGAGGACGGGCUGAAGGACCACUAUGACAUCAAGAUGCUGACCUUCCUGAUGCUGGCUAGACUGUCGUCACUUUGUCCCAGUGCUGUGCUGCAGAGACUGGACAGACUGGUGGAGCCGCUCAGAGCCACCUGCACUACAAAGGUAAAGGCAAACUCGGUGAAACAGGAGUUUGAGAAGCAGGACGAGCUGAAGCGGUCGGCGAUGCGAGCGGUCGUCGCACUGCUGACGAUCCCAGAGGCCGAGAAGUCGCCACUGAUGUCAGAGUUCCAGUCCCAGAUCUCGUCCAAUCAGGAGCUAGCGGCCAUCUUUGACUCCAUCCAGAGAGACUCCAGCUCCGCCAACAUGGAGUCCAUGGACACCAGCUAAACACAC